AUGGGAUACAACGCAGGAAGUGAUGAUACACUAAGAGACAACACAGGAAGUGGUGUAAUACUGAGAGACAACACAGGAAGUGAUGUUACACGAAGAGACAACACAGGAAGUGAUAUUACAAAGAGAGAUAAUACAGGAAAUUACAGAGGAGGUGGUGCUACAAUAGAUGAAACAGGAAGUGGUGCUACAAAAAUAGAUAAUACAGAAAGUGGUGUAACAAAAAUAGAUUAUACAGGAAGUGGUGCUAUGAUAGAUGAAACGGGAAGUGGUGCUACAAAAAUAGAUUAUAGAGGAGGUGGUGCUACAAUAGAUGAAACAGGAAGUGGUGCUACAAAAAUAGAUUAUACAGGAAGUGGUGCUACGAUAGAUGAAACAGGAAGUGGUGCUACAAAAAUAGAUUAUAGAGGAGGUGGUGCUACAAAAAUAGAUUAUACAGGAAGUGGUGCUGCAAUAGAUGAAACGGGGAAGUGGUGCUACAAAAAUAGAUUAUAG